AUGUCGAUGAUCGGCAUGUUUGUGUUGCUUCUCUGUUGCCUAUCCACUGCUCUAGCAGAUAAUGGAGUCGCACACGUUCGAGAGGAACGCGGUGGAAUAACUGUUCUAGACCUAAAGGGCGACUUUGUGGAUCUUGCGGAUUCGUAUGACUUUCAGUUUGAUGCGGCACCGCCAGAGGUGACGGAAUACUUCACGAUUGAUAAAGCUAACGGCAUUAUCUCCACACUGACGAUUAUAGAUCGUGAAGUUCUCAAUUUCUCAGCUACCGACGCUUUCGAAUUUAAGGUUCAAAGCAGUCCAGGUCCUAAAUUCAAGACAGUGAAAAUCUAUGUGGAUGAUAUCAACGACAACGCGCCGUCGUUUCCAUCUGUUGACCCACAAAACGCUACUGUUUCCGAACGCGCUGCUAAAGGAGGGAUAAUUGCAUCUCCAAGUGCUUACGAUCCAGACAUUGGUAAUAACACGGUGCAGUCGUACUCUGGUGUGAUUACUUCCGGAAAUGAAGACGGCCAUUUUGUGUUGAGGCAGACCAAGCUUGGACUACACAGACUGAAGAUGGAAUUGGAAGUAGUGAAACCGUUAGACAGAGAGAAACAGCAGUACUAUCAGUUCAACAUAACAGUAAGUGAUAAUGGCAAUCCAAGACUGAGUUCAUGGAUUUUAUUCAACUUGACUGUGACUGAUGUCAAUGACAACCCACCAAGGUUUGUGACCACAUCAUCUUCUAUUGACGUGCCUGAGGACACAAAACGAAACCAUGUUUUAGUACAACUUCAUGCUACAGAUUUAGAUGAGAUUUCUCGUCUAGUGUAUUCUAUCAUAUCUGUGACUCCACAAAAUUAUAAUAGGAUGACAAGUCUUCACAUGUUUGCUAUUGAUCCUGGCAAUGGCACAAUAAAACUUCUGAAGAGUCUUGACUAUGAGUAUCAGCUACAUCGAAAACUAGACAUAACUGUUCAGGUGUUUGAUGGAUCUUACACAGAUGUAGCUGUAGUCAAGUUGAAUGUCAAAGAUGUUAAUGACAAUGCUCCUGUGUUUGUUAAGUUUAUACCAAGUGAACAAAAAGUAAAAGAAGACUUGCCCCUUGGUGGGAAAAUUGUUACUGUUUUGGCAAUCGAUAAAGACUCUGGUUCGAAUAAGGAUCUUCGAUACAACAUUACUGGAGACAAGGGAUACUUUCGUAUUAUUCCAAAAUCUUUUGGUGCUGAAAUUGUUUUGCUUCAAAAUCUGGAUCGAGAACACAUUGACAAGUUUGAUCUCACAGUUACCAUGUUUGAUCAAGGAAUUCCUUCGUUGACAGCAAGUCAAAGCCUGAAUAUUGUUGUGACUGAUGUGAAUGACAACAGUCCUACAUUUGUCAAAAGUCAAUACACAAAGACAGUAUCUGAAGAUGUUCGUGUUGGUUCUGUUAUUACACCUGUGUCUGCUACUGAUCCAGAUGAUGGUAGCAAUGGUGCUGUCGAGUAUUCUAUACCAAAAAACCAGCCACAGUCAAAUUGGUUUGCUGUGGAUUCCGCAGGUGUUGUCAGAACAGUUCAGAAAUUAGAUAGAGAAACAGCCAGUGUUGUAUAUCUCAUUGUGACAGCUGAGGACAUGGGCAGUCCCACUCUUGCGGCAAAUACAACUGUGAUAGUCACUCUAACAGAUGUCAAUGACAAUAGUCCUUUAUUUUCUCAGCAGCAGUAUAACAUUUCUGUUCCAGAGAAUGCAUCACGAGGUGUGAUUAUUGCCGCUGUGUUUGCCAGUGACCCAGAUGAGGGCACAUUUGGAGAUGUUACAUACACAGUUGCUAGCGGAUUUGUUCAGAGUGAGUUCAUUCUUAAUUCAACAAGUGGAGAAUUGACAUUGAAUGCAACACUUGACAGAGAAAAAGAUGCCAACUAUAUACUUGUUGUCGAUGCUGUAGAUGGUGGCAUGAAAAAGUCUUUUGUCAACAUUGUUGUUACAGUGAUUGAUAUCAAUGAUCAUCACCCCUUGUUUUACCCUCAAUAUUAUCAUUGUGUGAUUUAUGAAAACACGUCUGUAGGCCAUCAUUGUGUGUCUGUAUCGGCAUCUGAUGAGGAUGAGAAUAAAGUUAUGACAUAUCAGAUUGUGAAUGGAAAUGAAGAUGGAGACUUCAAACUUGAUCGGCAAUCUGGUAGUUUGGUGACAGCAAAUGCUCUAGAUUACGAACAACGGAAGUCAUAUAUGCUGGUUGUAAGUGCUACAGAUGCAGGAGGAUUGAUGUCUAAUCUUGAUGCAGUAGUCAAUGUAACUGUGGCAAAUGUGUUGGACAAACCACCCCUGUUUGGUAAUGAGUCGUAUGCAUUUACUGUGAACGAAACAGACAAUCAAGGAACCGUUGUUGGUUGGGUAAGUGCUAUUAUUCAAGAUGCGGGAACAAAGAAUGGUCAACUGUCAUAUUCCAUUACUGGAGGAGAUCCUCACAGUAAAUUUGAAAUCGACUCUGUAUCUGGAAAAAUUUCACUGAUGAAGAAAGUUGAUCGAGAAGCAGUGCCUUUCUAUCAGCUGCAAGUUGAAGCUCAUUGUUGUGGCGUGGCUCCACUGUAUGCAAUAGGUGAUGUCAAUGUUACUGUUUUAGAUACCAAUGACAAUGCUCCUAAGUUUCGUGUUUCUGAUAUGGAUAUUUUAAGAGUUGAUGAACAGUUACCUAUUGGAUAUAAAGUAACAACCCUUGAUGCAACUGAUGAAGAUGAAGGAGCAAAUGCUGACAUUUACUAUCAUAUGACAGAGAAAACAAGUGGGCUAUUUUCAAUUGGUAACUCAACGGGCAAUCUCUACCUCAAGCAGUCUCUAGAUUACGAAACUUUAAACCAAACGUCUAUUUUAGUGACAGCAUAUGAUCGUGGAUCUCCACAGCGAAGCUCCUCGGUCAGUCUUAUUAUUAUGGUGAUGGAUGUCAAUGAUAAUUUUCCUGAGUUUGUAACAUCAAUGUACGAAACAUCCGUUUUUGAGAAUGUCUCUCUUGCACACACUGUUCUUCGUGUUUCUUCAGCAGACUUGGAUUCUGGCAGCAACAGUGAGAUCAGCUACAGUCUUGAUGGAAACAGUAAACUUCCAUUUGAGAUUGUUGCUACAGGUGAUAUUUAUGUUAUUACACAACUAGAUGCUGAAACAUUAGAUUCAUAUGAUUUCAAUGUCAUUGCAAAGGAUAAUGGACAGCCAUCCCUCAAUGCAACGGUUCCUGUUCACAUAGAUGUACUGGAUGUGAAUGACAAUUCACCAGUUUUUGAUCCUUACGUGAAUUUGACAUUUCUUGUAGUGGAGAAUGUCCAUCUUGGUUAUGUUGUUGGUCAACUGGUAGCAACAGACAGAGAUGAGGGACAAAAUGGUAUGGUGGCAUAUUCCUUUGCAACACAAGUUGAUACUUUUCAAGUGGAUCCAUCAAAUGGGACUAUAACUGUUGCAAGUUCUAUUGAUCGAGAAUUAAGAAGCUCAUACACGUUAACUGUUACUGCAUCAGAUCAUGGAACAAUCAGACAUACAACAACAACUGUGAUUCAUAUUCACAUAUUAGAUCUCAAUGACAAUGCUCCUGUUUUUGAUCAGUUGAAGUCAGUAUUUGCUGUGAAAGAAAACACUCCUGUCAAUGAAAGUUUUGAUGUUGUGCAGGCAAGGGACAUGGACAUUGGCGCAAAUGGAGAAGUCAGGUACGUAAUCAAGUCUGGAAACGAGAGAGGACACUUGUUUAUUGACUACAAAGUGGGAAGUUUGAUUGUAGCAAAGUCUCUAGACAGGGAAACAGUCAAUUCUUAUGAUUUGAGCAUUGAGGCAUUUGACAACGGACAUCCUCGUAAGGCUACCGUCAAACAAAUCAAAGUUGAGGUUGUAGAUGUGAAUGAUAAUCGACCAGUGUUUUUGAACUCAUCUGGUGUAAGAGUGAGGACACGAGAAGAUGUAGCAGUUAACACCGUGUUGGCUCAGCUUGUUGCUACUGAUGAUGACAGUGGACAGAAUGGAGUUGUGUUGUUCAGCAUAGAACAUGGUAAUGUACUUUCAACUUUUCACAUUGACUCAAGCAGUGGAGCACUACAAAAUAGCAGGUUAUUGGAUUAUGAGUCGAGGAAAACAUAUAAUCUGAUCAUUAAGGCUACAGACAGUGCUACAUUCAAUGCACUUGACAGCAGCAUUUCAGUGUUUAUUGAACUGAUUGAUGUGAAUGAUAAUAGACCUGUGUUUAGUCCAUCAAGUUUUAGCAAGGCUGUCUAUGAAGACAUUCCUUUAUUUGCAUCAAUUGUCAAAGUCUCAGCUACCGAUGAUGACCAUGGAACUAAUGGUGAAAUUCAGUAUUCAAUAUCAGAACGAAUACCAGCAAGCAGGCAGUCCAUGGCCUUUACUAUUGACUCUGUUUCAGGCAUUGUACGGACACAGAUGCCUCUCCCUAGUGGGAUAACUUCAUAUGACUUAAUUAUUGUGGCCGAAGAUCAAGCUCAGUUGCUUAGUGAGCGACACAACACUACGGCAAUACUAAAGAUUGCUGUACAGCAACAGAGUCACUGUCCAACAGUUUUCUUUACAACUUCAGAUCAGCUGACUGUCUCUGAAGAUUCACCCAUCAACCAACCUCUCUAUGUAGUAGCAGCAAGAGAUAACAAUCCAACAGGCUGUUCAGUCACAAGUCAGAAAUUUUCAUACAGCUUAGAUCAUGGUAAUGAAAGAAACACAUUUGAGCUGGACUAUGUAACAGGAGAACUCAAGUUGUCAAAGAGUUUAGAUAGAGAAGCACGUGAUUACUACAAUUUGUCAAUUCAUGCGUAUGGGGAGGGAGCUCCUCCACCAAUUGUUGCUCAGAAUUUGCGAGUAACUGUGACUGAUGUCAAUGACAACUCUCCAAUAUUUGACUCUGUUACUUAUACUGCAGAUGUAGAUGAAGGCGCUGCUGAAGGCACCAGGAUUUUGAAAGUCCAUGCAGAUGAUUAUGAUUCGGGAAGCAAUGGUGAUGUGACGUACUCAAUUUUGGCUGGAAAUCAAUUUGGCUUUUUUACUGUUCAUAACAAGACAGGUUGGAUUCAACUAGCAUCUGUUCUCACACCACCUCAAGACCAAAGUUUAUUUCGACUGACAGUGAGAGCAGAGGACAGGGCACAGCAACCAAAAUGGACAACAGUUGAAGUAGUGGUGUCAGUUCAUGCUCGCCUUAUGCCACCGUCUUUUCGUCAACCAAACUAUGUUUUUCCUGUUUUGGAGAAUAACCCAGAUCAUGCGACAAUUGGCAUUGUUCAAGCAUUUGACACUGCUCAUCGUCAAGUAAACUAUGAAAUCUUGGGGAACACUCUAAGCAGUUUAUUUACUAUUGGAAACAGCAGUGGUUCUAUUACUGUAACAAGAGCAUUGGACUAUGAAAUAGAGCAAGAGUUUAAAUUUAUUGUUCGGGCAUCCCUUGCUAUCAAUUCAUCUCUUGCUACUACAAUUGAUGUCAAAGUACAAGUACAAGAUGCUAAUGACAAUAGCCCAGUGUUUGAAUUUGCAACAUACCCUAAAUUUCUAACUGAGGCUGCUGCAGUUGGACUGUCAGUGCUUCGUGUCAAGGCAAAUGACGCUGACAGUGGCUUGCAUGGAACUCUCAUUUACUCUCUUGAAGGAUCUGAUGGCUCAUUCAUUGUAAAUUCAUCUACUGGUUGGAUAAGCGUUGCUACACCUUUAGACAGAGAAAAGACCAGUACAUACGUUUUCCAGGUUAGAGCUUCUGAGUCAACUUCCCAAAGUCCACAGUCAACAUUUUGCCUAGUCCAAAUUACCCUUCAGGAUAUCAAUGACAACUCACCUAUUUUCACACAGUUGUCUUAUCAAGUCAAUGUGUCAAGUAAUGUUCUUCCUCACACUAAAGUUCUUCAGAUAGUUGCUCUGGAUGCAGAUGCUGGAUCAAAUGGUGCUGUGACUUACAAAUUUGAUACAGAUCAGACAGCUUUUCUAUUGGAUCAGCAGACUGGCUUAAUUACAAUAUCCAAGAUCGGAUUGGUUGCAGAACAUUUGUAUUCUUUUACUGUUACAGCUGCAGAUGGAGGAAGCACACCCCGUAUCACUCAUCAAUCUGUUGAAGUUCAUGCUGUUGAUUCUUUAAAGCAGCUUCCGCCACGCUUUUUGCAGUCAACCAUGCGUCUUAAUAUUGAUGAGAACACAGCAGCAAGUUUUCUCCUGGCUACCAUAGAGGCUGUAAGUGACAGACCAGCAACAAACAUGCAAUAUUCCUUUUCUAGUGGAAAUCACGGCAGCAAGUUUAAUAUUAGAACGUCCAGAACAGGUGGAACUGUUGGCUUGUUGACUCUUACCAAAUCACUUGAUGCUGACACUGUGGACUUCUAUGACUUGGUAGUAAGAGCUGAUGAUAAUGGAUCACCUGCACUCCACAGUGACAUGCAUGUGUACGUCAAUGUCACUCCUGCCAGGGGAGGCAUUGCUGAGUUUAUCAAUCCCAGAAUUGGCUAUGUUUAUGAGAAUCAACCAGUCAAUACUUCUCUUAUGACUAUCACUGCUUGCAACCCUUUCUCAACAUGCAAGCCUAACAAAUUUCAAUACUACCUUGCAACAGAUGGUGAUUCAACAGCUUUUGUGAUUGAUCAAAAGACUGGUGAGUUGAAGACAGCAAAGCUUCUAGAUGCUGAGACAAAGCAAUCAUAUGAUAUUGUUGUAACUGCUGUAGACUUGUCAAUGGGUAGUCAGAGUGGAACAGCUACUAUCCAAAUUACUGUUCUAGAUCAGAAUGACAAUGAACCACAUUUCUUACCUCCUUCCAAUGUUUCGGUGGUGGAAGGUAUAAAAGAAGGGAGUGUUAUUACAACCCUCAGUGCUAUGGACGCUGAUGUCAGUCAUCGUCUUAGUUUUGCUCUCACUGCAGGCACUGACAACAAAUUUUAUGUGGAUGCAACUACUGGGCGUGUGACAGUGGAGUAUGCUUUAGAUUAUGAGACAUCUAACUUUUAUGAAGUGAAUGUUGCUGUGUAUGAUGGUGUCCACACAGAUCGAACAAAAUUUUAUGUGACAGUGUUGGACAGCAAUGACAAUCUUCCUCAAUUUUCUUCAUUGAGCUACGAGUCAAGUGUCUUUGAGAGAAGUGAACCAGGAACCAUUGUUGCCAAUGUGAAGGCAACAGACAGAGAUUCAGGUUCAAACGGUGAGAUCCGGUAUGCGUUGCGUGAUAGUUACAACUAUCUCUUCCGGGUAAAUCCACAGACUGGUAAUGUCAGCUGCAAUAUGACAGUCUUCUACCGGUAUGGCAGUAAAGAUUUCUAUGACCUCAAAGUGAUUGCUUAUGAUCACGGUACCCCAAUGCUGUCUUCUGAGGCAACUGUUACUGUUCGCAUUAUUGACCUCAAUGAUAAUGCUCCUCAUUUUGUUAAGUCAUUGUUUCUGGUUGAGGUUCCGGAGAAUGUUCAUCAAGGAUCAACUGUUGGAGCAGUGAAAGCAAUUGAUACAGAUGAAGGUGCUAAUGGGGAAUUGAAUUACCAGUCUGUUGCGGGGAAUGGUACCAAAUACUUCAUUGUUGAAGCUAAAACGGGAUCAAUAGUAGUUGUUCGGCAAGGCUUUGUUCUCAGUGAAGUGUACAGUUUAAUGGUCAGAGCAUUUGAUUCAGGAACAUAUUUAGGAGUGCAAGAGAACACAACACAAGUUAAACUCAUUAUUGUUCACAAACAACCAGUGACGUUUGAGCAAAAAUUGUACAAUGUCUCAUUGGCAGAGGGUCUUGAUCCUGGAUCUGUUGUAAUCAAAGUAGUAGCUUAUGCUGGAUCUCCAAAUUUUUCUAUUCCUCUUGAAUAUCAGAUUUCUCGUGGACCUAACAGUUCACAGUUUGUAAUUGACCAGACAUCUGGGAAGAUUCUUACCAGGGCUACUUUGGAUUACUUUGAUUCGGCUCAGUAUCAAAUAACUGUCAUUGCGAGUGACACUUCAUCUCCUGCAUCUUCAGCUACUGCAACUGUGCUGGUAAAUAUCAUUGAUAAGAAUAACCAUCCACCCGUAUUUGACAAGUCAAUCUACACAGCACUGAUUCUUGAAAAUUCACGUAAUCUCGCAAUUAGAACUGUGUCAGCGGCAGAUAAAGAUUCUGGAUUGAACAGCAAAAUCAGAUUCUCGUUAGUGGAAAGCCUCGACUCAAUGAUCUUCAGGAUUGAUGCUGUUACUGGGAAUAUCACAGCACGUGAGAGUUUAGACUAUGAAAAAAGACAGCACUACUCGUUUAUUGUGAAGGCUGUUGAUUUGGGACAGCCUCCAUUGUCAUCAACUACGCGGGUGAAUGUAACUGUUCAGGGUGAGAACGAGAUGAUUCCUGAAUUUGAACAUAAUUCUUAUAAAUUUAGCAUCCAGGCUGAAACUCCUUCUGGUGCGAGCGUUGGUCAAGUGAGAGCAACUGAUGGUGACCAUGGCUCUGAUGGGAAAGUGUAUUAUGAGUUCAAGGAUGAACAAGCUGCAGCUGAAUCAGCUCAAGUCUCAAUCGAUGUUAAUACUGGAGUGAUCACGUUCAAUGGACAGACUGAAAAGUCUUUUAAGAACUCUCGUGUAAGAAGAGCAACAGAACAUGCACUGUUUGUUGUUGCAAGAGAUGGUGGACGUCCUUCAUUGACGGGAACUGCUGUGGUAGUAGUUGAUGUUUCAGGGAUUGAGGCGACCAAGGAGCCAUCUUCAGGAAACAGCUCAAGUCCGAUGAUUGGUAUUAUUAUCGGUGCUGUGAUAGCAGUUGUGGCAUUACUGAUCGUUGGUAUUGUCAUUUUGCUGCUUCGGAAAAGGCGGACACAACGUCUUGACAUUACCAACGGCGGAAAAUCAGUGAGUAAAAAACCUCCAAUUACUCUCUAUGCAUCUAGCAAUCCAAGUGUGAGUAGUCAUGACAAAUAUCGACAGUCAGACCAACAACAUCAACAUUCACACGAAAUGCAUGUCUAUGGCUCUAAUGAACGUUCAAUCGAUGUGGGUGGUGUUGACAAAGAAAUGAGUAAGUCCAAUUCGUCGUUGCUUACAAGUGUACGAUUUCAGAGUCAAGAUAGACUGUUGACCGCUAGUUGUAGUCCCCAGAACAGUACUAAUUCAUCUGAUGCGGAUCUCAGUCCUGAAGAAAAAGAAACGGUUGUUUUACCUAGUGCAAGUGAGAGCAGUGCUGUCAGCAUGCUACCAAAGAAAGCCUACUCUCCCAGUCAGUCUCGGACAGAAUCAGAAGUGAGAACCAAUUCUGAUGCGGGAUCUGUCAGAAGUGGUACCAGACAGGAUAUGGAUCCAAAACAGUUACAGAAUAUUUGGAGAGAUUUGGAGAAAUUAGGUCUGAAUGACGGUCAGGAAAGUACAUAUGAUUUUAACAUUCAGGGCGGUGGAGAAGCGGAUGGAGGCAUUGACGUUAGCAACUUGCUGAACACUCGCUUGGCUGAAGCUGAUGCGGAUGAGUUUGAUGCGUUUAUUGAUGGUACCAGAGCGUUUAGCUACGAAGGUGCAUCUGAUACCGUGACUGUGUCAGCAGGAGGCUCUAUAGCAUCUACAGGAUACGCAGAAGACGAUUUCAUGUCUAAUCCUUAUGCUCCACACUAUCAACGUCCUUGGCUGUCCGAAAUCAACAGAACACGGCCACCAAAGCAACCACCACCGGGAGCCGCUCCAGUGAGACCAGGAGCCUCUUUUCCAUCUCAGCAAGGCCGCGCGGUGCAGCGUCACCCUAUGACAAACCAUCACGCUCGUAAAUUCGGAGCUCCUCCUCUCUCUGGUAGAAAUCGGCUGAAAGGCAUGAAGAACAAUGGUCUGUCACCUUGUAUAUCUCCUGGAGUGUCCAUGUCUACUUCUUUGGCUACAACGCCGGAAGCAACACCAUCUGCUGGAAAUCUUUCACCAAUCCUCUCACCGACCCUCUCUCCGUCAGAAAGAACAGAAUCUAGAGGUUCAUCACCGUCUAUGACUCCCACACAUUCGUCGGUGUCAGAAGUAGACGCAGUCGACCGCUGAGAUACAAGAGAACCGGUCAUAUUGUACAAUUAUGCUAAAAUGGAAUUCGGUCAUAUUUGAAAUGUGUCUUCUGUCUAUGAGGGCAAUCACUUUACAUUCUGUUUAGAGAAUAUGUUUAGCAGUAUUUGUAUUUUUGGUGAUAUCGAAUGGUAGAACUGGUGUGGCUCUAAAUUAAGUAAGCUAUAUGCGAUAUCAAGUACAGAGAUCAAGUGUGGUUGUAUGUA